CUAAAACAGAACCUUACGAUUGUCGUUUGGUGCUGGUGCUGCUGCUUCUUGAUUAUGUGCCAUUCAUAUUUUUAGCUGACAUUGCAAUAAUUUAUAACUUUACAAUGCCACAAAUUUCCGCAAAACCUUAUGAAUCAACCCUAAAUUUGUCGUUUGAUACGCCAGAACUGGCCGAAAUCGCCUACCGUGUCUUAAGUGUUGACAAGGAGCCUCGACGAAAUUUCGUGCAGAAAACAUUGAGCCUGGAGCUGGAUGUUCUCGUUGUACAUUUCUAUGCGGACCAAGUGAAGAAUCUGCGCACGGCCAUCAGUUCGUUUUUCGAGGCCCUUCUGCUCUGCCAAGACACCAUCAAGCAGUUUGGGGACGCAGCAGUCGAACCGGAAGCACAGGAGGAAAACAAUGCCGGAGCACAGUCCAGCACCGACUCCGCAUAGAGCCAUCUAUGGCUUUGCGUUCUAUAUGCUGUUUAC